AUGUUCUUCUAUUCACCAAAUGCUAGACCAUCCACAAGUGCAUUGCGUCGCCCUACACUUACUCAUGCGGCACAUUUAAAUAUUGGCCAUUUGGAUACUAGGCUAUCAUAUCAAAUUCCUGAAAUUCUAUCACGACAUCCUACACCUGAAACGCAAGAAUUAUUGAGGCACUUGCCUGAAGAGUUGCGAAUUGACGAUCAGCAUAACCUCACAUUGUCCCUACGACAUGACCUGCAUGCUCAAGAUUUACUGGAACUGUGCGCUUCUCCUGUUUCUUCGGUCUUUUCUACGAACGAAGCGCGUCGAACCAGUCGCGGAAAAAUCUUCUUGCGUCGACCAACUAUUUCCAUUCAAGAUGACGGCAAAAUUCUUAUAGAUCAUGUGACAGCGAGAUGGGAAGGUGUUCCGCUAAAUUCACAAUCAGCACUAAUUGAUGCCGAUGAUGGCGCGACAGUCAUCACCGACACUAUCAAGGAGGACGCCGAGCGACAGGAGCCGAAAAGUUGUCCACAGCAAACUGUCAAGUAUAUCAAAAUCCUCACACCCCAUGUGAUACUAGUCGCAGUACUUAUCGGGUACUUGUGUCUAGGAGCAUGGAUAUUGAUGCUCCUAGAAACUAGGACAGAACUUCUAGCUAGAUCGAGGAAACUUGUGCGUUUAACAAACAUGAUGUCCAAUUUUACGGCUGAUAGCUGGCGGAUACUAAACGAAGCCCAACAUGGAGGUCGUUUAGUGGACGAACAAGAUUGGGCGGCAGCAUUUCGGGAAUGGAUGUUAUCGGUAUCGGAAGUUGUUGACGACCGACGACCUAUUCGACGUGAAUUGAAUAGGCCUGACGAUCUAGCCAAUAUGCACAAUAAGUGGACGUUUCCGACAGCGUUACUGUAUGUGCUAACAGUGCUCACCACAUGUGGUUACGGCGAGGUAUCUGUUGACACCGAUGUCGGGAAAGUGUUUGCCGUGGUGUUUGCACUUGUUGGUAUUCCUCUUAUGUUCAUCACUGCUGCCGAUAUUGGCAAAUUCCUCUCAGAAACAUUGCUCAAGUUUGUUAGCAAUUGGAAUAGGAUGACGCGCAAAGUAAAGCAGUGGAUUUACCGUAGUCGGCACGGACGACGGAAGUCGAUGCAGUCGUCCAAUGGAAAUACGGACACGUUAGAUAUUCUCGGUGUGGACGGCACCGAGGAAAAACUCUGGUUUCCUAUAGGAGCUUAUGUUGCCUGCAUUUGUUUAUAUUGCUCUAUGGGAUCAGCCAUGUUUAUAAAUUGGGAACGCACCUGGUCUUUCAUUCAUGCCUUUCAUUUUGGUUUCAACUUAAUUGUAACCGUUGGAUUGGGAGACAUAGUUGUCAAAGACUAUAUUUUUCUUUCGCUCAUUGUCGCCUUUGUCAUCGUAGGUCUUUCCGUAGUAACUAUGUGCGUUGAUUUGGCCUCUACUCAUCUUAAAGCGUACUUUACGCGAAUUCACUACUUUGGUCGAGCGAAGAGGUUCUUGGGUAUGAGCGAAGAGUUGAAAGAAAUCGUCGCGUUGCUUGGAGCGAUGCGGCGGAAGAAAGGCGGAAAGGUCACCUGGAACGACGUCCGAGAUUUCCUCGAUAACGAACUGCGUGAUCGACCAUUUGAGCCUCAUGAGUUACUUAUGAAAUUACGGUUUAUAGACGAGACAUCUUCAGGCAUGUCCACAAUUCGACAUAAUUCCUUCCAAUCCGACUUCUUCCGUGAGUCAGAGUACAUACGUCGGGUGCAAGCGUUAAGACCGGAACAACCGGCUUACCUCUAA